CCCUCUAUCCUUGGCCCCUUCCUUUGCAAGGUUGAGUGAUGGUUUUUUUAUCUCCAGAUGAUGAAACACAACCUUCAGCUGGAGGCAUUUAAGACGCAAGAACACAGUCUGGCCACAGCUGCAGGACCAGAGGCCAACUCUGACAGGCUCAGGAAGGACAGGAGCAGCCACCCCUGAGAGCAGAGGCAACCAAGCAGCAGUACCUGUCUCCAGGCCUGCCCCCGCUACCAGGAAACAAUGCUCCUAGCGACGUUUAAGCUGUGUGCUGGGAGCUCCUACAGACAUGUGCGCAACAUGAAGGGCCUGAGGCACCAGGCGGUGCUGGCCCUUGGACAGGAGCUGAACCGGAGGGCCCUGGGGGGCCCAACCUCAGGGUCAUGGAUUAACCAGGUUCGACGUCGGAGCUCUCUUCUUGGUUCUCAGCUGGAAGACACUCUCUACAGUGACCAAGAUCUGGCCUAUAUCCAGCAGGGAGAGGAGGCCAUGCAGAGGGCGCUGGACAUCCUCAGCAACCAGGAGGGCUGGAAGAAGGAGAGCCGGCAGGCGAAUGGGGACGAGGUGCUGAGUAAAGUGAUCCCAGACGUGGGUAAGGUGUUCCGGCUGGAGGUGGUGGUGGACCAGCCCAUGGAGAGGCUUUAUGAAGAGCUUGUGGAGCGCAUGGAGGCCAUGGGCGAGUGGAACCCCAGUGUCAAGAAGAUCAAGCAGAUCCUGCAGAAGAUUGGAAAAGACACAGUCAUCACCCAUGAGUUGGCUGCAGAGGCGGCAGGCAACCUCGUGGGGCCCCGAGACUUUGUGAGUGUGCGCUGUACCAAGCGCCGGGGUUCCGUGUGUGUGCUGGCUGGCAUGGCCACAGACUUCGGAGAGAUGCCUGAGCAGAAGGGGGUCAUCAGAGCUGAGCACGGCCCCACCUGCAUGGUGCUCCACCCUCUGGCUGGAAGUCCCUCAAAGACCAAACUCACCUGGCUGCUCAGCAUUGACCUCAAGGGAUGGCUGCCGAAGACCAUUAUAAACCAGGUCCUAUCACAGACCCAGGUGGACUUUGCCAAUCACCUGCGAAAGCGCCUGGAGUCCCACCCUGCUCUGGAAGCCAGGUGUUAAAGCUCAGCCCGCCACUGCCAAAGGCUUCUGGCUUGCAGGCUAAUGAAGAGAUUCCAGCUGGAAGCCUGCAAGACUGUUGAAGAACUUCAUCUGGGGACAUUGGGAUGUUGCAGUGGUGUGUGUCGAAUAUGAUACCAGAACUCAGAUGGUAACAUUUUAGUACCAAGAAAAUGGAGGCAAGGCUCUUCUAACUUCAUUCACUGAUUAACUGUAAAAUGAAGGUUAAAGGUCCCAAAAUAUUUGUAAAACUUUCUGCUGAGCCCUUUCGUGUCUACCUAAACAUCUUUAUAAUGCUGUCGGCUGACAAAGGAUCAGAGGAUCGGGACAUCAUGCCUGAUAAGCUCAAGAGCUCCAUUCCCUUCGGGUGGCGUGUGCAGACACGGCAGGUCCUAUGCAAGGGUCGCCCGCCACCCUCUGCUCCUCCACCAGAUGGGUAGAGAGCUGUGUCACAGAAUAAGCAGCUGCUUUCCAGAAAUCUAGUCCACGUUAACUUGAGGAAGAAACACAAAACUAUUAGAGUGGUUCCAUUCUUCCAGAGCAGCAGUCAGAAUAAAAAAUCAUAACACAAACACUUCAGUCUGUACCAGUUUUAAAAUUCUACUAAAAUCCACUCUAGUAAAUCGCAACUUCAUACUAAAGGAGUCGUGGACGAAGAUUUUAAUUAGUUAAACUAAAUUCCCACCUUGUUCAAAGGAAAAACUGCUGGGGACUUUGGUCAUUUAAUUACAUAGAAUCUGUUAUCAGAAUCUUCCAUAAAAUCUAAUUUGCAUUAUAAGCAUAAGCCCAAAUCUGUUCUUAAAAGAACUCUAUGGCUGGUAGCUGAUUAAUGGGCACUGGAAGAUGAAGAUUAUGACUAAAGAUUUUUAUUUACCUAAUUAAAAGGACAGAAUCAAAAGGGAGUGACUGAAUGGUAUUAACUAAGAUAAAGUUAAACAAAAGUAAAUUUUAUUACUUUCCCAUUAGUGAUUGCUUAGAUGCAAAAGGAACUGAAUUUUUAGUUCAGUCAAUUAUAUCACCUCAGGACCACUCAGGCCUGCCGAUUUCUCUGCUUCAACAGAUCAAUGUUUUACUAUUUUGGAAGAGACGGAUGGAAGGGAUAGUUGGGGGUAACAGCAAAAUCCCUGUCCAAGAUUUUCAGAUUCAGAGAACUUAUGCUUUAAAAAUAUAAGUUGAGAUGCGGCUAAAAUGUAUACAUAGGAUGAAAACCUAACCAUUACCACUGGAGGCUUUUCUACUCUAGGGCGAUUUACACCAUUUGGAAUUAAAGCUCUAGCUUAUUUAUUAAAAUUCGCAAUAGCAGGAAUGUGGGUAUUUAUUGAGGUUACCGAUUUAUUAUUAUUUAUUCAGAUUACUUCUUAGUAGUCUAUUUUUUGCAUAGAUGAAAUCAUGUUCAUCCAGCCAGGAGCUUCAGAGUGAGACGGAAUAAUUGUAGAAAUAUUUCUAGAACAGAAUUACCAUCUACUCCCAGCUAAGAGAAAAUGGGUACUUGUUGAAAGAUGUGUGCAGCAACAUCCACUCUGGUUUCAAGAGAACAGGCUGACAAGAAAGAUAGGGGUUUUCAACACACACCAUGGUUUUGAGUUUGAUUAUAAUUUGUCUUUUUCAAACUCUGCAACUUGUGCCUUUGAGGUGCCUGGGGAGAUCUUUUCUUACUUGUUUGAUUUUACACUGGAAUAAAAUGAGUUGUCAGUGAU